AAACGACCCCUUAUCGAACGACCUGUACACCGCUGCAUUAGUAUCACCUUGAAGCCAACUUCUCCUUUCUCAAUCACACCAGUCUCGGACAGCAUCAGCUACGAAACCCACAGCACCAGCACGAACAAGCCAAAAUGUCUCCCGUCACCACCAUGUCCUUUUCGAACAAGCGCGCCGACCGUAUCCUGUCGGCAGCCACAAACGAGGCCGUCCGUUCGGAGCAGCGGUCCCGCCAUGGCGCAAUCAUCACAAAGGGCGGCAAGAUCCUCGCCGCAGGCCACAACCACAUCCGUCCCGGCUUCUCGGGCCCGCUGGCCAAUGCGCAGAACAUGGUCAAGCUCUUUGAGGCGCACGGCGACCCGCCGCCCACGUCGCGGCGGCCGCCGAACCGGGGCAGCCAUGUGCACGCGCAGCACUGCUUCUCCAUGCACGCCGAGAUGCACGCCAUCACGUCGGCGCUCAACGGCGCCAAGCCGAGCAUGACCAAGUCCAACUUUGACUUUGGCGGAGCGCUGGCCCCGCUCCAGAGAGACCACGGUGCUGCUUCUUCUUCUUCUUCUUCCGCGUCUGCCGGCAAGUCUGCUGCUGCUGCUGCUGCUGCUUCUUCCUCUGCGUCUGCUACUGCUGCCUCCUCCUCGUCGCCCGCCGAAGACGGUGCGGCGGCGUCGACGGCGGCGGCGGCAGCGGGUAUGGGGCCAACGGCAGCAGCGAUGGCGGCGACGACGACGGCAGGAGACGAAAGCAGCACUAAGGUAGGGGAGCGGGGCGUUCAACAACAACAACAGCGUCUUCGGCGGAACCGGCAGCGGCAACGGCAGCGGCAUGGCGACGUGAACACUGCUUCUGCUUCUGCUUCUGCUGCCCCUGCUGCUGCCCCUGCUGUUGCUCAGACGAGCAGCCGGACUUGCUUCUUGGCUGCGCCCUUUGAGUCGUUGGUUCGACCCCGCGACCGAAGGGCACGUCCGCUACGACGACGACGCCAGGCAGACACAGGCCAGUGCGCAGCAGCAGGGGCAGCAGCAGGGGCAAGGACAGCAGCAGCAGGGGCAUGGAGCAGGACAAGGACAGGUGGUGCAGCAGCAGCGGCAGGUACAGCAAGACGAGCGGUCGCGGCUGCAUAAGGCCUCGAAGAAGCUCCUGGGCGACAAGGGCCGGGUGAAUGUCAAGCUGCGCAGGGAGCGCGAGCGGCAGCGCGGCCUC